CAAGCCCAGGGUGACAAGGAUGAGGUGGAGAUGUGUGUGGUUGUGUUUCCUUUCUUUGUCUGUUGCCAGUGUCAUUGAUGUCCAAGCUAGACUGGUUCGCAACCAUGUCAGCAGCAUCUGCAGCACUUGGGGAAGAGAGCACUUCAAGACAUUUGAUGGUGAUGUGUACCAGUUCCCUGGUAUGUGUGAAUACAACCUGGCCUCAGACUGCCAUGAGUCCUACCAGGAGUUCUCAGUGCACAUGAAGAGGAAAGAGAAUGAUGGAAACCCUACAGUCAGUUAUGUGGUGGUCACCAUCAAUGACCAUUUAUUCCACCUCACUAAGAGCCAGGUCACUGUGAAUAGUCUUCCUAUCAAAAUGCCAUACUACAACGCAGGGGUCCAAGUGGAAAGAAAUGCUGUUUACAUCAAGCUCCAAUCUAAAGUCGGCCUCAUUGUCACGUGGAAUGGUGAUGAUGCAGUCAUGGUGGAACUGGAUCCUGAUUAUGCUAAUCGAACUUGUGGACUUUGUGGAGACUUCAAUGGUGUUUCUGUCUACAAUGAGUUCAUUCAUAAUGGUCGCAAAAUGAGCCCCAUUGAGUUUGGCAACAAUCAGAAAGUCCAUCGUCCAAACGACAAUUGCGAGGACCCUUUUGAAGAGGAAGAUGAAUCACUGGAGGCUGUUACUGUGCCGGAUUCAUGCAAGGAGUUUCAAACCACCUGUGAACGAAUGCUUCGUUCAGAGUCCUGGAGCUCCUGCACCAAACUGAUUAACCCUGAACCUUACAUCCAGGCCUGUGUGCAGGACAUGUGUGGCUGCAACAACAGAACAAAUGACUUCUGUGUCUGCAGCACGCUUUCGGAGUUGUCUCGACAGUGCUCCCACGCAGGAGGGCAGCCUCCCAACUGGAGGACACCUCAGUUCUGUGCUAAACAGUGCCCAUUCAACAUGGUUUAUGAAGAGAGUGGUUCCCCUUGUAUAGACACAUGCACACAUCUGGACACAAGUUCACUGUGUGAAGGCCACAAAAUGGAUGGCUGCUUCUGUCCUCCUGGAACUGUGUUUGAUGAUAUUUCCUUGAGAGGGUGCAUUGCUCAAUCUGAAUGUCAGUGCAAGCACGACAAAAUCUAUAACCCUGGUGAAGUUUACCGACAGGACAGAGAGGAAUGCACAUGUUUUGAGGGUAGAUGGGCUUGUGAGAGCCUUCAGACUCCUGCUACAUGUGCAGUGGAAGAGGGUUCACAUGUAACUACAUUUGAUGGGAAAACUUACACCUUUCAUGGAGACUGUUUCUACACCCUAGCCAAGGUGGAAAGCAAGACUGAUUCAAGUCCAAAGUUUACCAUCCUGGUUCAGUUGGUGCCAUGUAGACAUCUAGAGUCUGACACUUGUCUUAAGACCCUUAAAAUCCUGCUGAACAAUGACAAAGUGUUGACGUUCACUUCCGAUGGUACAGUAAAGCAGAAUAUGCAGACUAUCACUUUGCCACACCACUCAGGUGACAUCAACAUAUUCCAUGCUUCAUCCUUUCACAUCUUGCUCCAGACCAGCUUUGGGUUGCAAAUUCAGAUCCAGCAUGUGCCUGUCAUGCAAGUCUAUGUCAGCCUGGAACAGAGCUACAGAGCAAAGACACGUGGUUUAUGCGGGAAUUACAACAUGGUCCUGUCUGAUGACAUGAAGACUCCACAGGGGAUCGUGGAGGGAACAGCAGCAACUUUUAGUAACUCCUGGAAGGCUAACUUCAUGUGCCGAGACAGAGAGGAAAGACUUGAUGACCCCUGUGCCUUCAGUGUGGAAAAUGAGAAUUACGCAAAACACUGGUGCACCUUGCUACUAAGUCCAAACAGUACCUUUGCACAGUGCCAUUCAGUGACGGAUCCUGAGAUGUACUACAAGCGAUGUACUUAUGCUAGCUGUAACUGUGAGAAGAGUGAGGCCUGCCUCUGUGCUGUCUUCUCCUCCUAUGCCAGAGCUUGUGCAUCAAAGGGAGUGUUCCUGACAGACUGGAGACAGAAUGUUUGCGAUAAAUACACAAGGAGCUGUCCAGCAUCUCAGACCUUCUCUUACAAGAAUCAGAGAUGCCAGCUGACUUGCAGAUCGUUGGGCGCAAAGCAGAAAAGCUGCACUUCUGACUUCUUGCCUGUGGAUGGCUGCUCCUGCUCAGAGGGUCUCUACCUAAAUGAAAACGGUUUGUGCGUCCCCAUGGCAAAAUGCUCCUGCUACCAUAAUGAAGUCUACAUCCAGGCAGGAAAGUCCAUCAGCAUGAAAGACGAGCACUGUGUGUGCACUAAUGGAAUACUUCAUUGCCAUUCUAUGAGAUCCCGCUCAUCAAUAUGCCCUUUUCCAAAAGUAUUCUACAACUGCUCCACUGCAGGCACAGGAGAGCUUGGACUGCAGUGUGCUCGAACUUGUUUAAAUCUGGACAGCAAUGAUUGUGACUCCACAGAGUGUGAAUCUGGCUGUCAGUGUCCAGGUGGCCUUAUUGAUGAUGGCAAAGGCUCCUGUGUGAAAGAAAAUGAAUGUCCAUGUCAGCAUGAUGGGCGUCUUUAUAGUGCUGGAACAAAAAUCCCUAACCAGUGCAACAGCUGUACCUGCAAAAAUGGAAACUGGGAGUGCACAAAAAAAUGUCCUGGAACUUGCAUUAUUUAUGGGAGUGGUCACUACAAUACAUUUGAUCAGCGAACAUAUGGGUUUCAAGGACAUUGCGAAUAUGUUGCUGUUAAGAACAACUGUGGGACUAAAACAGUACAGGACAACUUUGGUGUUAUCACAGAAAAUGUACCAUGUGGAACUACAGGUACUACAUGCUCCAAAAUUGUCCGAAUCCAACUGGGGCGAAUGGAAGUCAAACUAUCAAAGGGUCACUAUAAGGAAGAGGACCUUGGAGAUGGCCCUCAGAUUCAGUACAAAAUAAGGAGGGUUGGGUUGUAUCUGGUUAUAGAAUCUGCCAUUGGUCUGACAGUGAUGUGGGAUCGCAAAACAACUGUUCGCGUCCUCCUAGAACCACGGCACAGCGGAGAGGUAUGUGGCCUGUGUGGAGAUUUUGACGGUGAUGGACAGAAUGACUUCACCACCCAGGGUCAGCUGGCAGUGAGCAAUCCAUUAGAGUUUGCAAACAGUUGGAAAGUGUCAAGCAGCUGCGCAGAUGUGGAAAUGAAUGUUGACCCUUGUGGAGCAAGACCUAAUAGACAUCACUGGGCAAAAAUGAUGUGCAGCAUUAUAAUUGCAAAGGAUGGUACUUUCAAAGACUGCCACUAUAAGGUAGAUCCCCAUCCAUUUUAUGAAAACUGUGUGACAGACUCAUGUGCUUGUGACUCUGGAGGAGACUGUGAGUGUUUCUGCACAGCAGUUGCAUCUUAUGCUCAAGCUUGUAAUGAGGCCGGUGUCUGUGUUGCAUGGAGAACUCCAGAGAUCUGUCCUGUCUUUUGUGACUACUACAACAGCCCAGGUGAAUGCAAAUGGCACUACAACCCUUGCCACACACCUUGCUACAAGACCUGCUUGAAUCCACAAGGAAUUUGUAGCAACCCUAUACCCCACCUGGAAGGCUGUUACCCUGUAUGCCCAGAAGAUAAGCCCAUAUUUGAUGAGAAGACCCAGAUGUGUGUGGAGGAAUGUCCAGGUUGCUUUUACAAUGGAACUAGAUAUGAGGAAAAUGAUGUUAUUUACAACGUGACUGACAAUUUGGGAACGUGCUACCAUGCAAUAUGCUUUAAUGCAACAGUGAUAUUUGGAAAUGAAAUCUGCACAACACCUGAACCUCCAACUACAACACCAGUGUCAACUAUAACCACACAAACUACAACUGAACCUCCCCCAGUGCCAACUACAACCACACAAACUACAACUGAACCUCCCACAACAACCCCAGUGCCAACUACAACCACAGAAGCUACAACUCCUACCACUACUCCGUGUAUUACAACCUGCGAGUGGUCAGACUGGUAUGAUGUGCAUAACCCUCAAAAGGACAAAAGUGACUGGGAAACAUACAAGAACAUCACAGAUAGUGGUCUACAAAUAUGCAAAAAACCCACAGAAAUUGAUUGUAGAGCAACAAUUUCUCCUAACAAAGACUUCAAUGACUUUGUGAGUGAAACUGGCCAAGUUGUUACCUGUGAUGUUGGAUAUGGUCUGAUAUGUCGAAAAGAGGAUCAGGUCAGACCUCCACGGAAAUGCUUCAACUAUAAGAUCAGAGUAUGUUGUGAGGUAGAGAUAUGUAUUACUACAACCACAGUGCCAACUACAACCACAGGGCCAACUACAACCACACAAACUACAACUGAAACUCCAACUGACAAAAGUGACUGGGAAACAUACAAGAACAUCACAGAUAGUGGUCUACAAAUAUGCAAAAAACCCACAGAAAUUGAUUGUAGAGCAACAAUUUCUCCUAACAAAGACUUCAAUGACUUUGUGAGUGAAACUGGCCAAGUUGUUACCUGUGAUGUUGGAUAUGGCCUGAUAUGUCGAAAAGAGGAUCAGGUCAGACCUCCACGGAAAUGCUUCAACUAUAAGAUCAGAGUAUGUUUGCCAACUACAACCACAAAAGGUCCAACUGUACCUCCAACUACAACCACAAAAGGUCCAACUGAACCUCCAACUACAACACCAGGGCCAACUACAACCACACAAACUACAACUGAACCUCCAACUACAACACCAGUUCUAACUACAACCACACAAUCUACAACUGAAACUCCCACUACUACCACAGUGCCAACUACAACCACAAAAGGUCCAACUGAGCCUCCAUCUACAACACCAACUACAGAAUGCUUCUGUAUAGUUAAUGGCAAGCAUUAUAGUCCAGGGGAUGUAAUAUUUGACAUGGAACACAUUGGAUCAGGUGUAUGUCUCACAAUGACAUGUUCUGCUAUUUGUGAGAUUCACAACAAGACUGAAAUUUGCACGACUACGGCUAUGCCUUCAACCACUCCUUCAACCACUCCUUCUGUACCUACCUGCCCUGAAUGGGAUGUAGGACAAAAUGAUACUUUUUAUCUGUGCAACUGCACCAUGGCCAGAUGCAUUGAGAACAAUACAAUUGAAAUAAUUCCAUAUGAAUGUCCACCUAUUGAGAACAUCACUUGUGCCAAUGGAAAGAAACCAGUUCUUGUGUAUGAUGAGUACUUCUGCUGCCGACAUUACGCUUGUGACUGUGUAUGUGAAGGCUGGGGAGAUCCUCAUUACAACACAUUUGAUGGACUUUAUUACAGUUAUCAAGGAAAUUGUACUUAUGUCUUGAUGGAAGAGAUUUUUCCAAAACACAACUUGAAGAUUUAUAUUGACAAUGUCUUUUGUGAUCCCACUGAAGAUGUUUCUUGUCCGAGAUCGAUAAUUAUAUCAUACAAUGGACAUGUUUUCACGCUCAUAAAUCAUAACCUUGUUGGAGCAGCACGGUUAGAGGCACUCAAAGAUGGAGCAUCUCUGAAGCUACCUUAUUUACCCACACAAACAGGUGUUAAGAUCUUGAAUUCUGGCAUUAACUUGAUUUUGGAGAUCCUUCGUCUAAAUGUGGUCAUUACAUUUGGAAUCACUGGCUUUAGUGUCAAUCUUCCAUUUAAAAACUUUGGCAAUAACACACAGGGUCAUUGUGGAACAUGCAAUAACAACCAGACUGAUGACUGCAUGUUGCCUGGAGGCCAGCUAGUGGAAAGUUGUGCCGUAAUGGCUGACUAUUGGCUUACCAAGGACAUAUCUCAACCUAACUGCCAGAUACCAUCUGUACUGCCCACCAGUAAACCUGAACCUCCACCAACUCCUUGCAGGCCAGACUCCAUGUGUGAUCUGCUGAAGAGCAGUGUCUUUGCAGAAUGCCAUCCCUUUGUCUCACCUGACAAUUUCCACCGAGGUUGUGUUUUUGAUAGCUGCCAUGUUUCCAACCCAGUAGUGGAGUGCACAAGUUUGCAGACUUACGCUGCUGUCUGUGCUCAGGCAGGGGUUUGCAUUCACUGGAGGAAUCAUACAAAACUGUGUGCAAGUGCCUGCCCAUCAAACAAAGUGUACAAGCCAUGUGGUCCUGCAGAACAGCCAACCUGUGAAGACAACCCUAAUGAACUAACCAUGAACUUCACCACUGAGGGCUGCUUUUGUCCUGAGGGAAUGAAACUCUUCAACAAAGAGUCUGGCCUAUGUGUUAAUAAGUGUGGAUGUCUUGAUCCUGAGGGUAUUCCGCGUGAGUUUAAUGAGAGGUUUGAGUACAAAUGCCAAAACUGCAUCUGCAACGAGUCCUCCAAGACUGUGUCUUGUAAGCCUAAGGUGUGCCCAACACCCCCUCUAACAAACUGCACUGGUCCAGGGUUUGUCCUUGUCAAACAACCAGAUCCCUCAGACCCCUGCUGUUCUGCUGAUGUUUGCCAAUGUCACAGCAACACUUGCCCAGUCACCAGCAUGAACUGUCCAGUUGGAUACACGUCAGUUGUCAGUGUUCCUGAAGGAAAAUGCUGUCAAGAACAUAUAUGUGAGCCUAAAAGAGUUUGUGUCCACAAAGGAAGUGAAUACCAGCCUGGUACUUUGGUUCCUGUAAUAGAAUGUCAGAAGUGUCUCUGUACCAAUGAAGUGGACCCAAGUACUCGUCUAUUCAAGAUAACUUGUGAGUUCCAGCAUUGUCAAGAAAACUGUGAAAUGGGAUAUGAAUAUGUGGAAACUGAUUCAGAUGAAUGCUGUGGAAAGUGUGUACAGACACAGUGUGUCGUCAGUGUCAAUAGCACCAAGCAACUCUUGAUGCCAGGACAAACCUGGUCACCACCUGAGAAUAAGUGCGAGUACUACACCUGUGUGAAGAGUGGUGAAACUUUAACAACGAUAAGUUCACACACUGUCUGCCCACCAUUCAAAGAAAGCAACUGCCAACCUGACACAAUUCAGACUGCAGCAAAUGGCUGUUGUAAAAUUUGUGUGGAGCGGGAGAAGGCCUGCAAAUUAGAAUCCAUGAAAACCCAGAUUAUGCUCAGGGAUUGUCAGUCAUACCAGGAGGUGGAUAUGCCCUAUUGUGAAGGAUCCUGCAACACUUUUGCCAAGUACUCUGAAGCAGCAGCAGCUCUGCAUUAUUCUUGCUCCUGCUGUAAGGAGACACGCUUCAGUAAUCGCACCAUUGACUUGCACUGCCUGAAUGGAGAUGUGGUUCCCUACACAUACAUCCAUGUGGAGGAGUGUAGCUGUAGCCCCACAGACUGCAACACAGCUGCUGGACAACCUGCUCGCAGGAGGCGAUCAUCACAUUAGUGGAUGUGGGAUGUGAAAGUUUUUUCCCAUAUUGUCUUAACAAUCAUUGCAUCUCCUACAAAAUAAUUGUCAUUGUAGAGAGAGUAUUUAUCUGUUGAUUAAAUAAAAAAAUUGCAACUCUA